UCCAUCAAUUCUCGAAUUCGCGUAACGAUACUACACAAAUUAUACACGUACCCAAUAUAAACCAUAAUGGACCGACAACUUCAAGAAACCAUAAUCAAAGGAGACACCGAAGCCUUCCUCUCACUCCUCCACCAACAUCCGCCGGAGAUCAUCGCCGCCGCCGCCGCCCCUCCCUCCGGGAACACAGUCCUCCACGUGGCAGCGCGUCUCGGCCAUGUUGCCCUCGCGGCGGAGAUCCUCCGUGUGUUCCCGGAGAUGGCGACGGCGGAGAACCACCUGCUCGAGACGCCGUUUCAUACGGCGGCGCGUGAGGGGCACGCGGAGUUGGUGAGGCUCCUAGCGGAGGCGGAUCCCGACACGGUGGUUAAGGUAAACGGGUACGGGGAGAGUGCGGUGUUCAUGGCGGCGGAUAGAGGGAGGGUGGAGGUGGUUCGGUGGUUGUUGGGGCUCUGGCCAUGGCUGUUGACUUUGGAGGUCGACGCGUUGACUUCGACCACGUCUACUACCACCUCUCUUCAUGUUGCUGCUUCCAAUGGGCAUAUCGAAGUGGUGAAAGAGAUCAUAGAAAUCAGACCAGACUUUGCCCACAAAAAGGACAAGAACGGGUUCACACCAUUGCACUUGUCCUGCAGCAAGGGUCAUCUCGAGAUCACGAGAGAGCUUCUGCGGCUAGAUUCCGACCUCUCCACCGUACAAGACGACCAAGGCCGUACGCCUCUACACUGGGCAGCCGUAAAAGGCCGAGUCGCCAUCCUCGACGAGAUCUUGUCGGCCAGUCUCGAGUCCACGGCCAUCAGAACUUACAACGGAGAGACCGUGCUUCACCUCGGCGUGAAGAACAACCAGUACGAGGCUGUCAAGUAUCUGGUCGAGAAGAUUGACGUCACCCCUCUUAUGAACCUUCAGGACAACGACGGGAACACCGUCUUGCAUCUUGCAACCGUCGCUAAGCUAAACACUAUGGUUGUUUACCUGCUUAAGCUUGACAAGCUCGGGCUCGAUCUGAACGUGAUAAACCGGAGGGGAUUCACGGCACUCGACGUGAUCGAGGCCGAUGCCAGCAACUCGGGCACUCUUGUGAUCUUACCUGCAUUGUUAGAAACCGGAGCCAAGAGAUGUGAUCAAUUGCCGCCAGCUGGUUCACCCGAAAUCACUCAAGAACUACUCAGCCGUACCGUGCUACCUGUUCACCGGCCAAACGGGUUUCCCAACAGUCCGGCGAAGAAUACCCGCCGGAAAAACCACCGGAUGACACGCGAGAAGCACAUAGAGCUCCAGAACGAAGGGUUGCGUAAUGCAAGGAAGACGAUCACCGUCGUGGCUGUGUUGAUCGCCACGGUAACGUAUUCCGGCGGAAUAAACCCUCCCGGAGGUUUCAAUCAGCAAACGGGGAAAACCCUAAUGGGAAAGAAAGUCUCUUUCAAGGUUUUCAUGGUCUGCAACAUCAUAGCCCUCUUCUUAUCGCUCAGCAUAGUUACGUUCUUGGUUAGCAUCAUACCAUUCAAGAGAAGAUCACUGAUGAAGCUACUGACCAUAACACAUAAGGUGAUGUGGGUUUCGAUGUCGUUCAUGGCGGUGGCAUAUAUCGCGGGCGUAUGGACGACAUUGCCACACGGGCGAGGGACAAUAUGGGUGUUAGCGACAUUGGUUGCUGUCGGAGGAGGAUGUACAGUGGCGAUAUUUGCAGGUCUGGGAGUUCUGACAGCUCGGCAUUGGGUAAAGAAAUGGGAAUGGAGGAGGAAAGUCAAAGAUGGAAGCUCUAAAGGCAGCAUUAGCAGUCUUGGGGAGAUGCAGACGGGAAGAAGAGGAGGAAGCCAUGAAUCAAGCAACUCAGAUAUCGAUAGCUCUGAUCAUGGAUAUCAUCUGUAUUAAAGAUAUAUAUAUAUAUAGGAGUAUGUAUAUGUGUGUGUAUCAGUGUAUGUAUAUGUAUUCUUUGUGUUUA